AUGUCGAGCCAGGGACCUGCUUUCAUGGUCAUCGCGUGCGAGCAUAAGGGCGACACUGUGAUCAACGUCACCUUCGGGCCACAGGUCGCUGGCGAUCGCGCCAUACGCUUGGUCGUACCGAUGGCCGAAAAGACAACAGCAAAACGCACGGUUCACCGUACUCCCAUCCACGAGGUGAUUCUGCGGUCCUAUUGCCAGCCAGACAGCCGGGGAAAUCUUCCUCAGGGAAUCCCUCCCGGCGCCAUCGCGUUCGCAGCACACGAGGAUGCCGGCAUUCACUACAGCGACAUCAUCGAGACCGCUGAUGCUGCUCGCACUCGCUGGUGCAUAUUAGACGUGCGGGUGCCCGAUCCUACACGCAUCAUCCCGGCUACCAUUGUUGUUCCGUACGCCACCCAGUUGACCCGCCUAAACUCAGAGCUAGACAGGACCGAUAUGUUACCACUGUGGUUCUGGCAAAAGAAUUCCGAACUCGGAGUGCCAAUCGCUGAGAGUAGCUUUGACUGUCUUCCUGACAGACCAACGCGCAUUGAGGCGUCGUCCCUGAAGGUUGCGCUCCACGUUGGUCACAAUUAA